UAAUUCGCCCUGACCGAAAAGUACUGGCUCAGACUUUAAAAACUGUCUUGUACCGUUCCGUACUGAGUUAAAAUAGAAUAGAAUUCAAUAACAUUUCGUUUGACGGCGGCAGUAAUAGUUGAUGGGAAGGUGGCAUGAUGAAUUUUUAACCAUCAUCUCAUUUUCGUAAAUCUUGACCCAGCAUUGAUUACAAUGCUUGCUAUACAUGUACUUAUAAAAGUAGUCCGUCAGCUCCUCUCGUGUAAAGUUUUGUGUGAAGCAGUAUUAUGUCAAUCAUAUAAGUAUGGAAUAAACGGAUACAUGGAACAAAUCAGGCCUCAUUAAUGAACAAAGGGAGAAAUUCAUAAUGAACAUUUUUCAAAACACAAAGACAUUGCUUGUGACUUUAGUGUUCAUAGUUUUGAUAAACGUAUUAAUUUUUGUACCAGAAUACAAGGUGUGUAUACCACAAAAGUUCGUGCCAUAUAAAACAGAUGAAUUACAACAGCGAGUUAACACGAAAAUGAAAUCACAAAAGCAACUGUAUAAGAAAAGUGGAUCACCAAUCGAAGGAAAUCAAGAACUGACUGUUAACGAGAACUUUAAAAAAUCGGAAAUCAAGUUGAACGAAAGCUGCGAAAAGAGGUUACCACAAGCAAUUGUAGUUGGAAUACAGAAAUGUGGAACAACAGCUCUAGUGAAAUUCCUGGGCGCCCACCCACAGAUUGCCGCAUAUGCAUAUGAAGCUCAAUAUUUCUAUGGUCAAAAUUAUGAAACACAUUCACUUGACUGGUACCGUAAUCUUAUGCCAUGUAGUUAUUCCAAUCAAAUCACCAUCGAAAAAUCUCCGCCAUAUUUCUAUAGAAGCGUGGCUGCAGAAAGAAUACGAAAAAUGAACCCCAAAACAAAAAUAAUAAUCAUCGUUAAGGACCCAAUAACACGUGCUGUAUCAAUGUAUGCUAUGUUGAAAGAAUACAACAAAGUUGAUGGAAAAACUUUUGAAGAGUGUGUCACUUUAGAAGAUAAUAAAACAAUAAAUGGUUCCUCUAGAUUCAUCGAGUUUUCCAAUUACCCGAAACACGUGAACGUUUGGUUGGAAAUUUUCGAUCGGGAACAAAUUUUGGUGCUGGAUGGACAUAAUAUGGAAACAGAUCCAGCCGAAGAAUUAAAGAAGGUCGAACAUUUUCUUCGUAUCAAACACUUUUUAACACCCGAUAAAUUUGCUUUCAACGAAACGAAAGGGAAGCACUGCUUAAACAUCGGAAAUGAACUGAAUUGUCUGAACGCCAAGAAAGGCAGACGCCAUCCUGAUAUAGACACAAAUCUAAGAAAAACACUUGAAAAUCAUUUCAGACCAUUAAAUGAAGAAUUCUUUAAAAUGAUAAACAAGCGGUUUGACUGGGGUUACUGAAUAGCAGCAUAAAUCGAAGUUGAAAGUAAAUAUAUGUAUGUUAAAUGUGCAUAAUGUAUGGAUAAUGCUUUAAAUUUUUAUCUUAAACCCCCCCCCCCCCUCCCCCCCAGAUGAAACAGAUUUCCAAAUAGAUGUCAUGCAUACGUACAUGGUUAGAAAAGCACUACUUUUGAUAUUGCACAUGAACUGUUAUAGUUGGAGCAUUAAAGGGAGGUAAUAAAAAGCAAUAUAUAUUCGAUAAAACAUUCUAGUAUAUUCAGCAAUAUUCAAACCCUUGACAAAUUUUAAAGAAAGUGAUUAUCAGAAAUAGGAUUUAACAAGAAAUUAAUGUAUUUUGCGCUCAUAAUGGAAAUGUGGCAGCCACAAUUAAACAAAGGCAUUUUGAGCCUUUAACAUAAAUUGAAUUGAAAACUAAAUAUAUAAUAAAGAUAGAAUGAGAAUCUAAAUAUGAUAACAUUAAGGUGGUGUUGUACGUGUCAUUUACCGGAAGUCAUUAUGUAAUGUCAUUUACCGGAAGUCAUGAUGUAAUGUCAUUUAUCCGGACAACAUGGAAUAAGGACUGGGCCCAGUAUACGGAAGGGAAAUUCAUCCUUCGUGUUAAUGUCAUCCCGUGUGUACCUUUAUAGUAACUGCAACUUUACUUGCUUUCUACAGUUAAAAAAUGAAAACAAAAAUGUUGUCACGUGCAAACAUUCUAAAUAAAACCUUAAGAUCUGCAGGUUGAAGCUUGCGUAUCUCUUAAAUAAUGAGCAAGUAUUUAAACUGAAAUAAGCACACAGAUCUAUACAUUGUAUUUGACCAUUUAACAGGAAAUAUGAUGUUUUUCAACUGUGAAGGAAAAACAAUACUAAAAUCUACAUUAUAUAAAAAAAUGUAUUUACACACUGGGAAUUUUCCAUAAAGAAUUGUUUUGACCUUUUCUUUUUUUUUUUUUUUUUUUUUUUUUUUUUGUUGAAAUCAGGUUAAAAUCAAGCACAGGAUUCUGUCUUUGUUGAGUCUACAAGACACGAUAUACUGUUUGUUUAUGGCGUAAAGCGAAUAACUUCAGAUUUAACGGACCACUUCCUCAGAUAAUUUUUUGUUUAAUGUAAAUACUGACAACUUCAAAUCUAUUUACAUAUCGAUGGAGAACAUCCACUUACCGCAAAUUGACGACGGUUCUACAUUGGCCCUUAAAAGUGAACAAUCACAUUUGAGAAACAUUUUAUGACAGUUUUCAUGUAUUCUGUUAGAGCUUUAUUUAAGCAACAAAAAGCAACAAAAAUCCAUCACCACCAACAACAUUACCUGCAAUUAAAUCCCUUCUGGAAAUGUAUAUUUUAAUACUUUUAAUGGAAUUUUGUAAUUACCGCCCUUUAAUUUCUAGUUUUUACAUUUGCAUUUGGUAUAUAUCAGGAUAUUUAAACUACCUGACACAAAAGGCAAGUUUUAAAACAGCGUAUAGCUUCAGAAUUCAUCUCUUUUCAAUAUAUCGUGGUUGCGCAACCCGGAUAGGCAAAGGUAGGUAAUAAUAAUUUUAUAAACUUACAUUUCUAAAUUAACUUUGGCACAAAUAUGUACUUUGACAACUUAAAUAUAACAGUGCUUAUAUUCAUAUCUUCCCUGGGGCAAAAUAUGUUUAUUUAAUUAAUAAAUAUGCUAAAGUAACGCUAUCUUGGUUUGGCAACCAGGAUAAGAAAACCAAAUUUCAUCAAUACUUCCGAUGAAAAUCUAACAUUUAGAACUCGGUGAAUACUAGUAAUCAUUACUGUAAAUGAUUAGUUGUUAAAGUUUUGAACAAAUCCAUUAGUUGACCGGAGCCUCCGUGGCCGAGUGGUUAAGGUCGCUGACUUCAAAUCACUUGCCCCUCAUCGAUGUGGGUUCGAGCCUCACUCGGGGCGUUGAAUUCUUCAUGUGAGGAAGCCGUCCAGCUGCCUUACGGAAGGUCGGUGGUUCUACCCAGGUUCCCGCUCGUGAUGAAAUAAUCUUCCUCCACCAUUAAAGCUGGAAAGUCGCCAUAUGACCUAUCUUGUGUCGGUGCGACGUUAAAUCCAACCAUUAGUUGACCAAAUUCUGGUUAACCACCUUUAAUUGUCUGCAAAUUUAAACCCUACUUCGGUUUCGAUCCGCAAGAGUUGUUUAAAUUUUUUACCAAAUGCUCUUGCUUUAACUGCGUUAUUUCGGUGUAGUUAUUUAUUGAUUUAGAUUGUAAUCUGAAACUUUAAUUUUCUACCUGUGUGCGAAUAAAUGCCAUGUUAGGCGA